AUGGGGGACGAAUUCCCUACACUAUUCCGCUCGGAGCAGAUGAGCUUGGUACAGCUCAUUGUGCCUACCGAAGUUGCUCAUGACACCAUCGCUGAGCUUGGCGAGCUAGGCAAUGUUCAAUUCAAAGAUCUGAACCCAAAUGUCAAUCCUUUUCAACGUUCCUUCGUCGGUGAGAUCCGCCGCAUCGACGAGAUGGCCCGUCGCGUCCGCUUCUUUGCCUCUCAGAUUGAGAAGGAGAAGGAGGCAGUUCCCAUUCGUCCUCUCUACGACUCGGCGCCGCUCGUUACGGUCGGCCCGCGGUCUGCGCAGACCAUCGACGAGCUCGAUGUGAAGUUGGCAGAGCAUGAGGCGCGUCUGACGCAAAUGAAUGAGAGCUACCAACUUCUGAGCGAGCGGCUGAGGGAGCUUGUAGAAGCGAGACACGUCUUGCGGGAAACCGCGGUCUUCUUCGAGCGGGCGGCUGUCCGCGAGAGCGAAGUUCGUCAGUCUCUGGACGACAGUUCUGCCCCGCUCCUGCAGCACGAUGACCGGGAGCAGCAGUAUUCGUCCGUAGGCGAUGUUCAGUUGGACCUUGAAUUUAUCGCCGGUACGAUCGACCGCACGCGUUUGUCCACUUUCGAACGUGUCCUGUGGCGCAUCCUCAGGGGGAACCUCUACAUGAACUACAUCGAUAUUCAAGAGCCUUUCGUCGACCCUGCGACUGGUGCUGAGACGCGCAAGAACGUCUUCAUCAUCUUCGCGCACGGCGACGUGCUCCUGGCAAAGAUUCGGAAGAUCGCCGAGUCUAUGGGCGCGACCCUCUACCCCAUUGAUGUGAACGCGGACAAGCGUGCGGACUCUAUGCGCGAGGUCACCGGCCGUCUGGAAGAUCUCCAGAUCGUGCUCUAUAACACUGGCGCCAACCGCAGGGCUGAGCUCCAGACCAUCGGCGAGAGCCUUGCGAGCUGGCAGGAUGUGGUGGCAAAGGAGAAGCUGAUCUACGAGACGCUCAAUCUGCUCAAUUACGAUGUCCGUCGCAAAACCCUCAUUGCGGAGGGCUGGUGCCCUACUCGAGACAUCGCCCAGAUUCAGCUUGCGUUGCGCCAUGCCACGGAGGAAUCCGGUACCAACGUCCCGCCCAUCCUUCACGAGCUGCGCACGAACCGCACGCCGCCUACCUUCAAUCGCACCAACAAGUUCACGGAGGGAUUCCAGACUAUCAUGGACGCCUAUGGUAUUGCAACGUACCAAGAAGUCAACCCCGGCCUGUUCGCCGUCAUUACUUUCCCGUUCUUGUUCGCUGUCAUGUUCGGCGAUAUUGGUCACGGCUUCAUCAUCUUCAUUGCUGCAUUGGCGAUGAUCCUGUUCGAGAGAAAGCUUGCGAAGGCAGACCUCGGUGAGAUCUUCGGCACAUUCUUCUUCGGCCGCUACAUUAUUUUGCUUAUGGGCGCUUUCUCGAUCUACACCGGCCUCCUCUACAACGACAUCUUCUCCAAAUCGCUUCACCUUUUCCACUCUGGAUGGGAGUGGCCCGAGCCUCAUGGCAACGAAUCUGUUGUCGCCUACUCUAACGGGCACACAUAUCCAUUUGGCCUCGACCCUGGUUGGCACGGAGCCGAAAACCAGUUGCUAUUCACUAACUCAUACAAGAUGAAGAUGUCGAUCGUUCUGGGUGUCAUUCACAUGACGUUCGCGGUCUGCUUGCAAGUCCCCAACCACAUUCGUUUUAAGCGAUUCUCCGACAUUUGGACCAACUUCAUCCCGCAAAUGAUCUUCCUUCAGUCUAUCUUCGGUUAUCUGGUCGUUUGCAUAAUCUACAAGUGGACGGUGGACUGGUCGAAGGCGUCCACGCAGCCGCCUUCUCUUCUGAACAUGCUGAUCGGGAUGGUCCUAUCCCCCGGAACGGUCGACCCGGGCACGCAGCUCUACGCUGGACAGAGCACGGUGCAGGUCAUCCUGCUGUUGAUGGCUGGGGUGUGCGUGCCGUGGCUGCUGAUCACGAAGCCCUACCUGCAGUACAAGGAGAUGCAGCAGAUCCAGGGUCAAGGCUAUAUUGGGCUACUUGGCGCGGACGAAGCGCCGAGACACGCGGAGGACGUGGACCUGGAAGGCGAAGAAGAAGGCAACGGCCGGGCGAUCGUGGAAGUGAACGACGAGGAGCAUGAGCAGCACGAUUUCAGCGAGGUCGUCGUGCAUCAGGUCAUCCACACGAUUGAGUUCUGUCUCGGAUGCGUUUCGCACACUGCCUCGUACCUUCGUCUGUGGGCGCUCUCGCUGGCGCACGCACAGCUAUCUGAGGUGCUAUGGGACAUGACCAUCGCGAACGUGCUGGACAUGACGGGUCUGGUUGGUAUCAUCGCGAUCGUUGUCGUCGGGGCAAUGUGGCUGGUGAUGACCAUUGGCAUCUUGUGUAUCAUGGAGGGCCUCUCGGCAUUCCUACACGCGCUGCGUCUGCAUUGGGUAGAGGCGAACAGCAAGCACUACGAGGCAGGUGGCUAUCAAUUCGUGCCGCUGAGCUUCGCGCGGCUGAACGAGAAGCAGUAG